UGACAUUGACAGCCGCACACUUAUUUUUUUAGGUUAUGUUUUAGAAAACUUGUAAAUAAAAGUUGGUACAAACAAAUUUAUUAAUUGUUAAAUAUUGAAAAAUCAUCAAAUAAAGUACAACCAACUAUUUUCAACAAAAUCUAUUAUCCGUGUAAUGUCUUUUCACGGUCUGUAUAAAGUACUUCAAACCUUUGCUCACACAACCCGUGUGCACUCUCCUGCCAGGUUUUAUGGACGAUGGGCUCACCGUAAACCGGCAAAGGUUCUUUUACCAUACGACACGGACAAUCCGACGAGGCUAAAGAAGGAAGAAAUUAUAGAUUUAGAUCCGGGAACCGUUGAUAAGUUUGCACAAAAUGAAACCAAGACCCAAGUUACAGCUAAAAAACAUGUUAUUGAUCAUGAACAAAUUAAAGAGCUAAAAGCAAAGAGGGAGAAAAAGAUAGCUAACCUGAAACAGACUGUAAAUCAGAUGAAGGUGUUUGAUGAAAAUAACGAGAUAAUAUUUGAGAAGUGUAAAGACAAUGAUGGAAGAAUAUCGACUCUGCUGGUUAAGAUGAAGUCUAAGAAGGAGAGAACAAAAGCUGGUAUGGUGCUCGUCGAAGGAUGGAGAAUGAUUGCUGAUGGGCUGUUGGCUAAAUGUUCCUUAAAAUAUAUUAUAUUCAGUCAAAAAGAAGAUUUAAAUCACAUACAGCCAUUCUUACCUAAAACUGGAGUAAAAAUAUUCAAAGUACCUUACAAAGAAAUUCAACUAUGGUCAAAUGUUGAGACAUCACCAGGAAUCCUUGGUAUAUUUGAAACUCCUAAAUCAGAUACCAUCAAUAGGCAGUCGCGGCCAUUCCCUGUUCAGAUAAUUUGUGACAACAUCAGGGUUCCUGGAAACCUUGGAGCCAUCCUUAGGGCUGCCGCCGGCAUGGGCUGUGACAAUGUGCUGCUCAGCAAAGGUUGCGUGGACUACUGGGACCCAAAGGUUGUAAGAAGUGCAGCGGGGGCUCACUUCAGGCUCCCAGUUUACUAUGGUUUAGACUGGGACUCCAUACCACAGCUUAUACCAAAAUACUCCUCCAUCUUCAUAGCUGACAGCAAUGCCAAAGUGAAUGAUGAAACAGAAUUGUCACAAACAGAGGAACCCUAUUAUAUUCCCGUGCUUCCAUAUUAUGGCAUAGAGUAUUCAACUUUGAAAAAUAUAACUCUCAUAGUUGGUGGUGAAACGGAAGGGAUCAGUGAUGAUAGUUACAGGUUUGCCGCCAGCAGAAAUGGAUUGCGGCUAAAUAUUCCACUACAGAAUGGAGUAGACAGCUUGAACACAGGCAUGGCAACAGCUGUUAUAGCUUUUGAAAUCAAGAAGCAACUCCUCCAAGCGUGGUCUAAAAUAAAGAGUCAGAAGGAGGAUAAAAUUUUACAAGGAACUUAAGCUUAAAUAAGAAAAUUUCUUAUAGUAAGUAAAAAAUGUAUUUUUAAGUAGUAGGUAUCUAAACAAAUAUGAUAAUAAAUCGUUAGCUGAAUA